CACGACGUCAGUCAUUACAAAUCACCCACGAGGUACAUGGCUUAUUACUACUUGCUUUCGCUCAAGAACGCUGAACGCGUCAGGGUUUGAUAAAGACAUAACCAUAACACCCUUUAAGGUUGUCACAUAUUGUCAUGGACUCUUCCUUCCUGGAGUUUUUAUUGCUGUGGGCCAUAGUUUCCAACACUUGGUGCAUGGUCAAAAUAUGGGAGAAAAGAUCCUUCAAUUCAGCUUAUUCAUUUGUCGUAGUCCUCACAGUGGCCGAUUUUAUGCAUCAUAUCCAUGGGGCUUCUUACAAAUUGGCAUCUCAUUUGUUCUUUGAAGGCGAAGAGGGCCAUUUUCAGUCACUCUGGAUACCAUGGCUGUCUUGGAACCAAGUUCUGGGUUUUGCCAUUUCAAUCUUGCCUCUUUUUGCACUAUGUCACCUUCUGCUCCAAGAGAGUUUGGCUAUUCGGAAUUCUCCUGAGAGGAAGACCAACUCUCAGUCUAAAGCGACGCUCCGUAUUGAACUGAUAUUUUGGUUCUUUGUUUCUCUGAUAAUAAGCUUUCCUCUCAUCAUUCUUGGAGAUGGAUUCAACGCUAUCGGGUGGGACCCCAAUCAAUCAUCGUUGAACCUGCUUGAAAUGCAGAGGUUGGGCAGAGGCAUUCAAGUGAAGGAUGAACUUCCCAUGGCGAGUUUUGGCAUCAAAAGCCUGAUCAACGUGGCCGAUCUAGGCCUUAUAAAACCUUGGAUGCUGGUCUUUCGAGGACUUUCCAAUCCCCUGUGGUUUCCUCUGGCUCUUUUGUGCUGUCUACCAAUCCUUGCCCUUGUUCUGCUCAAGCGAAACCUUCUCGACCAUCGGAACUGCGCCACCCACCCAAAAAUCGAAUACAUCCAGCUCAAAACUGAUGCCAAAAUACAAUCACGGAACCGCCUGCUGCGUGCCCUCAUCGGCGUGUACUACUUUGUGUUUCUCAUUGAUUUGGCAAAUUUUGGCGGUUUCCUCAAGCUAGGGGAAGAAUAUAUUCAAUCUGUCGAAUAUACAAACUCCGUAUUGAUCCCAGGGCACAUUUUAGAGGUAACAUAUGUGUUUCAUCAUUGGAGUCGACCCCUUGGAAGUGUCCUCAGGAAUGCUUUUCUGUGGAUGAAUUGGAAACGAGAGGAUCAAUUGUUAGCCACCGGAUCUUUGAUCAAUCAUCAUCCAUGA